AUGCAGAGGAUAUUGGGGGUCCUCAUCGCAGGAGCCUUCGUGCUCUACGCAACCGCCGACGUGACCCUCAACCCUAUAGAUAAUACUAAUGGCAUUCUUUUGUUAAAACAAGGUCAAAUUUUGAAGCAGAUAGACACGUUUAGUUUGGCCUGCGUAUAUAACGUAUCGUAUUUACACGAAACAACCUUAAAGCUUAUGUCAUUAUAUGCCAGUACUAAAGCUGUUGAAGGCAAUGAAGACUCGCAUAGAGCUUAUAAGGACCAAAUAGAAAAUAGUUUACAUUUAAUAAGUAAGAAAUUAGCAUUUAUUGCACCGCACCAUAGGUUUAGACGUGGCUUAAUUAAUGGUUUAGGUUCAGUAGUUAAAACUAUUACAGGAAAUUUAGAUUAUGAUGACGCUAUUAAGUUCGAAAAUGAAUUAUCUAACUUACGCAAUUCGGUCCACAAUAUUAACUCAUCCCAAAAACAAACUCUGUUUAUAGCAAAGCACGCAGUUGAAGAAUUUAGUAAACAAAUUCAAUUAUUAGACGAAAAUCAGAAAAAGAUUGGUUCAAUGUUAAAAAACGCCACUUUAAGUAAUAACGUAGUUAUAAGCAAAUUGCACUUUCUAGAUUUAUAUAUUCAAAUAGAUUUUAGUUUGCAGUUACUCUUAGAUAAAUUAGUUAUAUUAGAAGACGCAAUGACAUUUUCACAGUUAGAAGUGAUGCAUCCCAGCAUAAUAGCCCCACACAGUCUUAUAAGCGAAAUGACGGCUAUUCAAAAACAUAACCAAUUUAGACCAGUUGAUAGUAUCAGUAUUAAAAAUAUUCAUAGUAUAGAGAAAUCUAUUAGCGUAAAAGCUUAUAGCACAAACCACGCACUAACAUUCAUACUAGAUAUCCCUUCCAUAGAUGAAAACCUCUAUGACCUUAUCCAUCUAUACUCCAUACCGGAUAAACAAAACCUCACCAUUAUCCCUAAAUCCAAAUACCUAGCACUGGGAACCAACGAGUACUCAUACCUGGAGGAAGACUGCAAAAAGAUCACGCACGACGCCCAACUCUGCACAUCGCUGAAUACCCAACCUAUGGAGAACUCUGAAGACUGCAUAGUAGCUCUUAUAAAACACCAGAGCACAAACUGCACACGUGCCAGAAUGAACCUGAAACAAGGCAAGAUCCAGAGACUAGAAGACAACAAAUGGCUUAUCAUCUUGAAAGACGAACAAAUCCUAAAAUCGCGCUGCGGAAGAAAAUCCGAUUAUAAAAAGAUGUCGGGAAUAUAUAUCGCCAGCAUGACAAGCGAUUGUCAAUUGGAAAUAUUCAACCGAACACUGAAGACAAACACUGACACUAUAACAGCCGAAGAAAUCAUACCGCUUCCUAGCGAAACCACUAUUCUAGAAGGGAACAUUCGUUAUAACUUACACCUUAAAGAUAUAUCCCUGGAUAGCAUCCACGAACUGAUGGACCAAGCCGAAAACAUUCAACAACCUAUCAUCGACUGGCAGACUAUGAUGAUCACGCCAAGUUGGUCAACACUGGGACUCUACUUCAUCCUGAUAGCCAUAACCAUCUGGAAGCUGUGGCAGUGGAGACAGCGACGACCGAAAUCGGAGAGCGAGAGCCCCGAGGACCCUAGCACCGAGGACGCUGCUGGAAGCUGCGGGACGCGCUUCUGUCUUAAGGAGGGAGGAGUUAGGCAAUCGCCUAAUGUGCGUAAUUGCUGAAUGCACAUCGGAUGACUCCGUGCGUCAUCGCCGAAACUGCACUAUUGCAGAUUUAGCAAUAAGUUUAGUUAAUAGAAAUAUUAUAAUUGUAAAUUAGUCUUGUAGUACAUUUCAAGUAAUAAACAUUGUUUUAAUUA